AUGCGGCGGGGACCGGCGGGCGGGGAAAGCGGGCGGCGCGUGGGCACUGCUGUGCAAUGCGGUUGCGCUGCUGUGGGCGCUGUGCUUGCCCGCGCGCGCGCGGCGGCGGCGGAGAAGGGCCGCCAGCCUGGGCGAGAUGCUGCGGGAGUGGAGGCGCUGAUGGAGGACACGCAGCACAAGCUGCGCAACGCUGCAGGAGGUGAGGAGGCGGCGAGGGGCGGUAGGGAAGUGAGUGAGGCUCCUUCGUCCCGCAGCCCCGGGCAGGGCCGCACCUGCGGCACGCCGCCACACCCCGCGCCCAUGAGGACAAAGGAGAGGCGGCGCCCUGCCGGAGGAGCCCGGCCCGGCGACCUGAGCGCGGACGAAUCCACACGGCGGGGUCCGCGGCGCUGUCCCCCCGCUGCCCCGCUGUCGCUGUCCCCUGGCAGCCUCCCCGCCCGCUCGGGGCUCGCCGAGUGCGGGCAUCGCUGCGAUGUCCCCGGACAGCCGCCCUCCCGCAGCGGUGCCGGCGGACAGCGAGGCAAAGGUGCGGGCAAACAGUCCCGUCUGGAUCCCAAGAGUGAGAAAGGAACAAUGGAAGCUGAAGAGGAAGGGGCAAAAAAGCUGUCAGAAGUAAACUUUGAAAACUUACCUCCCAACUACCAUAACGAGUCCGACAAGGAAACCAGAAUUGGUAACAGAACUGUUCAGACUCAUCAAGAAAUUGAUAAGGUUACAGAUAAUAAAACUGGAUCAACAGUUUUUUCUGAAACAGUUAUUACAUCUAUAAGGGACGGAGAAAACAAAAGAAAUCAUGAGUGUAUCAUCGAUGAGGACUGUGAAACAGGGAAAUAUUGCCAGUUCUCCACCUUUGAAUACAAAUGUCAGCUCUGCAAAACCCAGCAUACACCCUGCUCCCGGGACGUUGAAUGCUGUGGAGACCAGCUCUGUGUUUGGGGCCAGUGCAGGAAAUCCACUUCAAAAGGGGAGAACGGCACCAUUUGUGAGAACCAACACGACUGCAACCCUGGAAUGUGCUGUGCUUUUCAGAAAGAGCUGCUGUUCCCUGUGUGCACACCCUUACCUGAGGAGGGUGAACCCUGCCAUGAUCCUUCCAACAGACUUCUCAACCUCAUCACCUGGGACCUGGAACCCGAUGGAGUGCUCGAGCAGUGCCCAUGUGCAAGUGGCUUGAUCUGCCAGCCUCAGAGCCACAGCCCUACAUCUGUGUGUGAACUGUCUGCCAAUGAAACCCGGAAUAACGAAAAAGAAGAUCCCUUAAUCAUGGAUGAGAUGCCAUUUCUCAGCUUAAUCCCCAGAGAUAUUCUUUCUGAUUAUGAAGAAAGCAGUGUCAUUCAGGAAGUGCGUAGGGAAUUAGAAAGUCUGGAGGAGCAAGCAGGUUUGAAGCCUGAGCCUGACUCAGCUCAGGACCUGGUUUUGGGAGAUGAAAUUUAAAGUCCAAGCACCAGGCAGUUUAGUUAGUCAUUUCUAGCAAUUUUUUGUCUAGUGUCUUGCUUAUAUAAACCCUAAACACACACUGCUGGAUAGAAGUGCAAUAAACAAGGUCUUCAAUGAAAAUACUUCUCUGUGCACCAAA